GUUUAAUUAGGAGAAUAAACUUAAAUGAAAUGGAAAACGGUGCUGUUUUCUAGUUGUUUGAAAUCUUCCAAGGUACAUGAGAUCGGUUAUGAUGUUCGCAUACCGAUUACUUGUGCUCGUGAGUUUGAUGCUCGUGGCAAUAAUCUUAACGUCGGAAGCGGUUCGCGCGAAAGCGAAUCUGUUCAAAUAUAGACGAAACCGGCAAGCUAAGAACGAAGUGCGUCAAUAUUGCGGUCGAAGUCUUUCGAGCACCGUGCAAAUGAUAUGCGGUAGCACUUACCAUGCCCGAUUUAAAAAAAGCAACCAAGAAAUGGACAGCUAUUUGCUUAGCAAUGACAUUCGCCCCUACAAGACCGUUCAGAAUGCGAAAAAAAUGUUGAGAGUUCGAAGAAAUCCACGGGGUAUUCACGAGGAGUGUUGUGCGAGAUCAUGCACCACGGAGGAACUAAAAUCUUAUUGCGGCAAUCCUUUACCAACUGUUUAAUUCUACUACACUUCCUCAAUGUAAAAAAUGUGCCGGAUCGUUAUUCGAAACAUCCCACACAUGUUAAUGUGUAUCAAUAAUUCCAGUUCUCUCGUACUCAUUGUCAGUAAAAUAUCUUAUUUUCUUAACUAUCCUACUUUUAACAGUAAUGUAUCCCAAUAAUGUAGACUUGAUUGAAACCUCUAUUUAUAAGUUCACAGGAUUAAUAUCUUUUAUUUGAUUCUGCAUAGUCAAAUCGUAAUAAAAUUGAGAACACAAUGUAUAAACCACGUUGAUGAACGUCUAUUUUAAGUGAAUGAGAAUUUAAUUCACCGUGUGUAUCUGGUGUCCUAUACCUACAUUAUAUGUAUACUAACAUUUAUGAUACAAUUUGAUCUCAUUUGCAUUUAAUCAUAUAUGUACAUAUGUAUGUAUGUAUACGCAUAAGAAACCGAUGUUGUAUCGUUGAUCGAAUAUGCUUACAUACAAUGAUAUUUUAAUUCUGAUACAUGUGAAAACAGUUACAGCUGAUAUAGGUUAGUUGUACAAUUAUUUGGUAAACAGUACAUACUUAUAUAUAUAGUAAAUAGUAAAAGCGUAUACGUAUAUUGUUUAGUAUCUGUAAACUGUAUAUCUGUAAACGUAUACGCACAAAACUAAAAGUUUUGAAAGAGAAAAUUAUACAUUUUCAAUAUAUUUUCGAAAGACUAA